UUUUUUUUGGAACAAAACUGUCCAUUGAGUUAGUCGUAAGUUCUUGUGUAUUGAAGAAAUAAGAUAUUUUUAUUCACUGUAGUACUGUCUGUUGAGUCGGAUCAAAUUUAUAUUGACAUUUUUUUCAUAUUUACUUUUUGUCAAAUUAAAAAUCAGUUACGAAUAUUUUAAAAUUAUUAUCGAUAUGUAAUUAAUUAGAUAUCACAAUAUAUAUUUAGAAAAUGGCAUAAUCAAAAAAAAAAAAAAAAAAUCCUAAAUAUUGACAAACUAUUGAAACAAUCUAAAAUAUGGAAACCCAAUUUAAGACUUAGCUCCCACGUUUUCCGGUCUCAUACAUAAUACAUAUACUGAAUUAUAUAUAAACAAAAUUAAUGCUUAUUCAUGUAACUUUCUAGGGAAAUAUUUUGCAUAUAUAUUAAUCGUGAUUCACUUAUGUUGUGACCUUUCUUAUUGUAAACAUUUAAGAAUAUUGCCAUUGAUUUAUUAUCGAUAUGUAAUUAAUUAAUUAUGUAGAAAUUUUAUUUUAUUUUAUUUCUUAUUUAAAUAAUCAUGUGCACUAAUAAUUUAUGUUUUAGGAGGUUUAGUUAUUUUUUUGAUUUAGAAUUUGAAAAUGCUAAGGGAUCGAAAGCAUAAAAAACUGGGCUUAAAUAAAUAUUUAAACCUACCCAGUAAUUCGUGUUUUGGAUAGAUUUAUCAUUUAUAUAACUAAUGAUAUAUUGGGGGAUUUUAUAAACAUUAUGUUGAGAAACACUAAGAUAUUUCUUUCUUAUUUAUCUUAGAAGAUGAAGAAUAAUAUGUUUUAUCACUAAUUAGUUAGAAACAGUUAAGGUAUGUUAUAAGUUUGUUUUAAAUGACAAAAAUAAUUAAUGAUGAAAUCUACAAAUAGUUAAAAUUUCAUUGACAGAAUCUGUAAUUUAUAAAAUGAAAUAAAAGUUAUUUUCAAAAAGUAAUUCAGUUUAAUAAUAUAAAUUCUACUGAUGAAGUGUCUAGUUAAAAUGUUGUAGUGGUUCUCAAAUAAUAUAUAAUAGAUUACUUGUCAAGAAACUUUCAACAACAAAAGAAAGCUUCCUCAAAACGCCAUUUUAUAAUUCUUUGAAGUACUUUGUGGUGGUAUAAUAGAAUGGUGGUGUGGGAAGGGUACGUGAGUGAUGAGACGAUGGGCACUAUAGCUCCCAUUAUUGUCUAUUGGGUUUACGCUGGAGUUAACCAGUUUCUUAGCCCUUCUUUAGAUAAGUUCCGGCUUCACACCCUUGAUGAAGAGAAUGGAAAAAACGUAAUACCGAUCAUCACAGUGGUCAAAGGAGUCUUGCUUCAACAGCUUCUCCAGAUCUUAAUUACCCAACUUGGAUUCUUUAUUACUUCCUAUACAGAGGAAACCUCAAGGCCAACGGUCCAACCCUCAGUACCAAUCCAGAUCCUUCAGAUAUUAAUAGCCAUGUUCAUAUUCGACACAUGUCAGUACUUCGUCCACCGUUACAUGCACCACAACAAGUUCCUCUACCGCCACGUCCACUCGCACCACCACCGCCUCGUGGUCCCUUACGCGGUCGGGGCUCUCUACAACCACCCGGUGGAAGUCAUAUCCGACAUGCUCGGCGGAGCCGCUGCGUUCUUCGGGUCAGGGAUGACGCCGAGAACUAGCGUUUGGCUCUUCUGCCUCAUCACCGUCAAGGCCGUAGAUGAUCACAGCGGUCUACGGCUUCCGGGGAACUUGUUCCACGUUCUGUUCAAGAAUAACGGCGCUUAUCACGACGUUCACCACCAGGUUAACGGCGUUAAGUAUAACUACUCGCAGCCGUUUUUCACGUUCUGGGACAGAGUUAUGGGGACUUACAUGCCGUAUAACGUCAUGAAACGGCCCGGAGGAGGGUUCGAGGUUAGGAUGAUGAAGAAACGUUCAUAAUUAUAUGCUCCCUUGUUUAAGUUUAAUUGGUCAGAGUCAAAAUUUUCGUUUCAAAAUCAAUCAAUGUUGUUUUAAAAUUUAUUAACAAAAUUUUCCAUUUUAUUUUUCUAUUUUCUUUAUAUAUGGUUAGAUGUAUAUGCAUCUUAAUCUGUAUGGAAAAACCUAAAACGUUGACUAAAAUAAAAUGGAGAGAGUAUAUAUAAUAACUA